CAGUCCACUAGCAGGGUUUUCGUCUAGGACCUCUUCAUGUCUUCGGAUGUAACGCUACGUAAAAACAACACAGCCAACGGCCAACAGGUUACCGCAGCUCCACUCCACCCGCCACACUGCCACCUACAAGCGGAUAACGAGAACAGACAGGAAGUGGGAGCAAACUGUACUGUUUGUUGACAGCAGCUUAUUGACCACAGGUGCGAGCUUGUGUAACGUUUCGCUAAAUUGAACUCACCAUAUCAUAUGGAACAAUAUCCAACAGCUUCAGAUCAUGAUUUGAAUGACUGAUCUACCUGCGUUUAAAUGGACAGUGACAGAGGAGGAAGAGGAGGCAGAGGAAGGAGAAGAAAUCGUGGUGGAGAGGACAGAGAUGUCCGCCUGUCUAAAUCCCUGUCUUAUGCUCUUCGCCAUGGGGCCAACCAAAUGGGUCUUAAAAUGGGUACAGAUGGCUUCUUGUUUGUGGAAGAACUCCUGGCUCACCCGCAGUUCCGCUCAUACUCCUUGGAAGACGUCAAGAGAGUCGUGGAUACAAAUGACAAGCAGCGCUUCAAGCUCCAUUCCCACCCAGAAGAUGGACGCCUGCAGAUUCGAGCCAAUCAAGGCCAUUCAGUGCAGGUAAGGGAUUUGGACCUGAAACCGGUCCUGGCUGGUUCUACAGACUGCCCUGCUGAGGCUGUUCAUGGCUCCUACCUCCGCAAUUGGAGCUCCAUCCAGCAGCAGGGUCUGAGCCGCAUGAAGAGGACACACAUCCACCUGGCAUCAGGCCUUCCAGGGGAGGAUGGCGUCAUCAGUGGCAUGAGGAAAGACUGUGAUCUUGCUGUGUUUAUUGAUGUGCCCAAAGCCCUUACAGAUGGUAUUGAGUUCUUCUGGUCAGAGAACGGUGUGUUGCUGACUGCAGGCGACGCAGAGGGAAAACUUCUCCCUAAAUACUUCAGCCGAGCCUUACGACUGAGACCUACAAGGAGCAUCCUACCACUGCAGUAGCAGCAGGGGAUUCUGAUCUGUCAUUGGUUGCAGGAAGGCUCACCUGACAGUGCCUGCAUCCCAUGGUUGGUCGAUGCUCAUCCUAGUUCCCUUGGUAACACUUCCCUUGGUAUCACCUACUGAGGUGAUUUUGGUCCAUUAAGAAUUUAUCCUAAAUUGGAAAACUUUUCAUUUCUCUGUCAUUAUUGAAAGGAUCAGAAUGACUUUAGGGAAGCAUCCUUUAUUUUUAUAUGACAAUUGAACCAGCUUAUGCUGGCAAGUGACACUUUUUAUUUAUAAGUAUAGAAGCUUUGUUUUCUCUUUUUCAUUGUUAGUGCUAAAUAAACUAUAGCGCACUACCAGGCAGUUGAAAAUAUAGCACUGCUUACAGACACUCUGGCAACAACCAGCCAGGCCUUUAAACAGAGAAACAUUUGAAGAUGUACAUAUGUGGUUAAUCACGUGACUAAGCAUGGGAAAGCAGAGGAUGCAGACACUGUGGUUUUAGUUAACGGACUGCCUUAACAGUUUCUUGUAAGAUAUGGACACACACAGCAUGUGAGAGGAGAUAAUUGGUUAGAAGCUUCCUGAGUAACAAACAACAGACGUUACUACCAUAUGUCUCGACCACAAGGAGUGAAAACAACAGAGAAGAUGAAAAGUGAAUUGCUGUAUUUAUUUUAAUAAAUGUUUAUUUAUUCAUAA